CGAAUGUAGGCAAGUCGAAAGCAUCACAUCAAACGUUACUUUCGUUCCGUGCGGUUGACAUCGCAAUUUCGGAUGAGAUUUGCAAUUCCCGCUGAGUGUUCCCCCUUAAAAUUAUACAACAUCUGACGAAAGUCCGCUGCUGUCAAACAUAAUCUACACGAAUUAUUGUUGAUGUCAGUCUGGCAAGAAUUACUUACUGCACUAAUCGGAAGUUGAAAAUUAAGAGAAAUCCAACGCAUCAAUUAAGUGAGGCCCAGAUGCCAGAGCUAAGAUGAGUAAAAAGGUCUUGUCGUGGAAGACAAGCUCUUCUCGGUUCCCGGAUAGAAUCUUACUCUAGACUCAUAAUGCUGGAGGUGGACAAGAUUCUGGAGAAAUGUGGCGACUUCAGCCGACUUCAGCUGAUAAUGCUGCUGCUCUUUUGUUUGAUCAAUGUUCUAUCAGCCCUUCACUACUAUUCCCAAACGAUCAUCAGCUUUGUCCCAAAAUACUGGUGUGCAGAUGGCUUACCCGCCAAUAUUGAGCCGCCGAAUGAGUCAAGUUGCCUACCACUGAACUGGAAUAAUAGUAGUACAAAUACCUGCAACGGCUAUGACUACGAGCUUUACAUGGGCUACCAGAGCUUUCCCAGCGAAAUGGAUUGGGUGUGCUCGGAUGCCUGGAAGCUCACUCUCGGUCAGUCCAUGUUCUUUGUGGGGUCUGUGGUGGGCUCUAUGGUACUGGGUUAUUUUGCGGACAUAGUUGGACGACUUCCCAUUCUGAUCGUUUCGAAUCUGAUUGCAAUGACUGGCAAUUUGUUGACCAUAUGGAGUACUAAUGUGACGCUGUUUUGUAUUUUCCGUAUGAUUUCCGGCAUUGCGACGGAUAGCAACUUUGUGAUGAUGUACAUUUUGGUUAUGGAGUACAUGCGCCCUUCAGUGCGCACCCUCGGCCUGAGUAUCUGCAUUGGAUUGUUCUACUGUCUGGGCUCCAUGGCAGCUCCUUGGAUCGCAGUACUCAUGGGCAGUUGGCGGGGAUUCCUUUUGGCUACCUCGCUGCCACUGCUUGUCGUCCCGCUUUUCUACUUCAUCGUACCAGAAAGCAUUCAGUGGCUGAUUUCCAAGCAGAACUACGAAAGGGCCGUCAUCUGCCUGAAAAGAGUGGCCAAGAUAAAUGGUCGGCAGGUUGAGGAGAGCGCUUUCGAGGAGUUCAUCGAAGAGUGCAGGUUCAGCCAGCAAAACCAGAAGGCCUCUCCACAUCUCUUUCACCUGUUCAAGACACCACGUCUGCGCCGCAACACCCUCAUCCUCUUCUUCAAGUCCAUGGUCAUCACCCUCUGUUACGAUGCGGUAUCUCGAAAUGUUCAGGGCCUUGGCAUUUCGCCAUUUGUGAUGUUCUCGCUGAGCGCCACCGCAAUUUUGCCGGCCUGCCUCCUGAUCAUCGCCCUGCAAGAUCGCAUCGGUCGCAAAGCGAUGGCGUCCGCCUCUCUGCUGCUCAGUGGCAUUUUCAUCUCGGUCACCGGAGGCAUCAUUUUCGCCGCCUCUGCAUCGGAUAAGACCACAACUUUACUUGUCAGCCUCUCCGUAGUGGGCCGCUUUGGAGUAACAGUGGCCUACAAUUCCGGAGCUCAAUAUGCCACCGAGCUGAUCCCCACCUGCGUUCGGGGUCAAGGAGUGGCUGCUGUCCAUGUGGCCGGUUAUGCCUUCACCUUCUUCAGUGCCUACAUACUAUAUACGAGAAGCAUUUUCUCACCGCUUCCCGAGAUUAUACUUGGCGUACUGUCCUUGCUAGGGGCGUGUCUUUGUCUCCUGCUCCCAGAAACCCUUAAUCGCACUUUGCCUACUUCUCUGGAGGAUGGAGAAAAUUUCGGUAAGAACGAUCGGUGGUUCACCUUUAGUUUCUUGGAGAAACGAACUCAGUCAGCCGCCACUCUGGACACCCAAAACGUCAAGAUGUACUCGCAAUCAACGGAAUCAGACGUUUAUUUUUGAUGAACUACUAGGAUUAUAUUUUAGACUAAUAUUAGGAAUAUAUUAAACCAUAGAAAUCGGUUGGUUAUUAUCACUACAGCUGUAUUAUUAUGUACAGCCCACCAAAUAUUAAAUGAUUUAAGCGGUAUCAAAGACUUGGGAAUAAUUCAAAGAUUAGUUUAUGAUAAAUAAAUAAAUAUUGAAAUUCUUACAACUUAAUAUCUAAGAACACAGUAGCAACAAUUCUAAUUGAAAGUUUUACUCUGUAAAUCUUUGUAAUACCGACGGGACUUUGUUUAAUCGUGUCUUCUUGUUUCUGUUUGCAAGAAACUUUGUGUUUGUUUAAAUUGUAAAACUCCCAUAAAGAUAAGCCAACGCUUUGUUAUGUUUCUGCGGGCGUCACAUUAAUAAAAAAUCGCACAGAAGCCA